AAAACUCUAAACAUCCUCCUCCAUUUGGAACUAAACCCAAACUGCUAUGGUACUUGCACAAUGUAGCACCUAUUUUAAUUGAUUUCUGAAUUUCCUGAUGAUGAUUUUCUGAAGACAAUGGACAUUUAUGCAAGACUAUGGACCUGACAGUACUAGACACACACAUGAAUAACAACAAAGAACAGUCCCUUAGCCCGUCGCCGCCGCCGCCGCCUAUUACUACUACUACUACUAAGGCCACACUGUCCACCACAGUCGCAGAGGCUCCAGCUGAAAUGAUCAAACACCAACCCCAGGAACAUCCCAAAAGGAUAUUGCGAUGCUCCAAGUGCGGCCGUCCAUACAUGGGUCACAGUCUACCCAGAGGUGUUAUGUGUACUCUGGAGCCUGAUCCUGAACAACUCCACUUGCUACAACACCAUCGUCAGCAAGCAUUGGCUGUUAGGAAGGAGCUCAGGAAGAAGAGGGAUGCAGAAAGACAGACAACGCCAGAAGCCCAUAGACGAAAACGAAACAGACUUCCUGAUGCACUAACCACAGCCAAACGCAACAAACUUGCAAUUAAUCACAUCGAACAGUGCCCUCCUCCUAAGGCCACACUGUCCACACUUGACCACGAUUCAGAGGCAACAGCUGAAACGAUCAAACACCAACAACAAGAUGCCAAAAGGAUAUUGCGAUGCUCCAAGUGUUGCCGUCCAUACAUGGGUCACAGUCAACCCAUAGGUGUCAUGUGCACUCUGGAGCCUGAUCCUGACGAACUCCGGUUACUACAACACCAUCGUCAGCAAGCGUUCACCAUUAGGAAGGAGAGGGAUGCAGAAAGAAUCAGAACGCCAAAAGCAUUAGCUGCAGCAAAACUAAAAAAACUCACACCAGAUUAUGCUGUCCAACGAAAGAAGUACCAGCAAUCAACAAGAAAGAGACAACUCGCUCCAAAAUACAAGAUGGCCUGGACUCCGCCAGAAGAGAAAACUACUGCCACAUCUUUCAUUGAUAGUAUUCCCAACAUGACUGAGCAAUGUGCCAACUGCAAGGCUCUCAUGUUCCCCUGGGAAUCUAGCAAAAUCAUAAUCCUCGAUAACAGACCAAUGAAAGUGUUUUCAAAGUGUUGUGACUAUGGAACAAUAAAACUCAAACCCUUCGCAAAUCCAACACCUGCUCUUCAGACAUUGUUUAAUUCCCCAAAUUUCCUGCAGAACAUACGACAGUAUAAUAACUUGGUCUCCAUGUCAUCAAAAAACUUCACAGGAAAAGUUUAG